CUCACGAGCCGAGGAUAUCAUCCAUAAUUCAGUCCCAGCCCGAGCAGGCAUUCAUCCAGGCUGACCUCCGCGGCGGGCUGGCGGCUGCAGGACUCUCAACUUCCCGUAUGCGACGCUCGCUGACGAUGGGAGACAAAACCAGUAAAAGACCGGACGGCGCUCGGAGGACGUAAACACUGCCAUGCCCUGCUUUCUGCGUCACCCCCCGGCUACGAGGAGCAGCCCGCCUCCUCCAUAGCGAAGGUGAAUGUUUGUGAGCCGAAGUUGUGUUCCGGACUAGCUGCGUGUUGAGCGGCCAUGAUGCAGGCAGCAUCCCGCGACCUCUUCCCCACUUGAGCGAGGAAGUUCUCCCGUGUGCGUUCGUCGUGUUACAGUCUAGUGUAAUUGGGGACACGGCGUCCAGAUGUGAUGUCACCUGCAGGCACUAAUGGAAACGCUCGUGCCUGACUGAGUGCCACAGCUGGGAUCAGGCUUGUUGUUACCACGCAGCUGCCAUGGGGGGCAAGCAGACCAAGGCCCAGGAGGCGGGGGGAGCCAGUCCGCAGCACAGCUGGAGAAGGACCCCCAGUAAGGAGCGAGGGGACCUGUUUGCGUCCCUCAUGCUGAAGUCGGGGGACAGGCUAAGCCGUGGCGGUACCCCGCCGCCUUACCAGCGCCGUAUUGGAAUGAUCCAGGAGAUGAUGCUGAUGGCCAAGCAGGGCAAGCAUGAUGAAGCCACGGAGAUGCUGAAGACCCUCAGACAGGACCUGGGCAUGGAGUCAACAUCACUGGAUGACGUGUUAUAUCGUUACGCCAGCUUUAGAAACCUUGUUGACCCCAUCACACACGACCUGAUCAUCAGUCUGGCACGAUAUGUGCACUGUCCAAAAACGGAGAGAGAAUCUUUGGGGGCGAUGGAAAAAGUCUGCCGUCAGCUGACCUACCAUCUCAGCCCCCACUCUCAGUGGAGGAGACAAGGGCUGCUCAAGAGGAAACCUCAAGCCUGUCUAAAGGCAGUGUUGUCCACCCCUCCGUCCAGCGGGGCGUUGGAUCUGUCUGGUAUCCCUCUGGCUGCUCGUGACAUGGAGCGUCUAUGUGCACAUUUACAACACCAUUCUUCCACCGUGGUCAGUUUGGAGCUGGGGUUCACCGAGCUGACCGAUGAGGCCUUCCUCCUCCUCCUGCCCACUCUCGCCGCCCUGCCUCGGCUGGAGACGCUGGCACUGAAUGGAAAUAGGCUGACCAGGAUUAUUCUCAAGGAGCUAACUGAUGCCCUAAAGGACCCAAACAGUUUCCCAAGUGUUACAUGGAUUGACCUGGGCAACAACGUGGACAUCUUCUCCCUGCCACAGCCGUUCCUGGUCAGCCUGAGGAAGCGUUGCCCUAAGCAGGGAAACCUUCCCACCAUCCUGGAGUUUGGAGAGAGUCAGGCCAGCGAUCCUCCCGAGAAGCUGAGAGGGAUGGGGGAAGACGAGGAGACUGACGACACCAACAGGACCGAGAGCAUGGCUGACCUGCCGUCGGAGGUGGAAGAGGAGCUGGACGGCGAGCUGGAGAUAGAGGAGAUGAUGGAGGAGCUGCGGGACUUUGACCGGGAGGUGCGCGGCAAGGAGGACGAAGACGAGAGCAUGUGGACCGUAGAGGAGCAGAGGAAAGGGAGGAGCAGGACAGAGAAGGAAGACGUGCAGAAGAGCGAGAGGACGGGCCAAAAGGCAGUGAUGGCAGUCGAUGAGGACGACACACAAAGCCGGUCCUCUCAGUUGUCUUGCUCCAGCCAAUCACAAAACUCCUCCGCUGCUGCUGAGCCAAUGAGAGCACAGGAGGAGGGCUUUGAUAAUAGGACUGACAAAACACAGCACUUGACCUGAGUGCUGCUCAUUUUGCCUCUCUGCUUGAAUUAUUUGUUCUCCUGUACUGAGGCAAGACUUCAACCAUUCGGAUUUAGCCAGCCGAACCAAGGUGACAAACUAUUGGUGAACCAAAGGAUGGCCGUGCUGGUGCAUAAAGAAACAACGUAAUGAUGCUCUUUGGUUUGGUAAGAAGCCUCUACUAAUGGCUGCGCAGUGGAACCCGCUUAAGUCGUUCACCUUUACGUCGACAAAACCGUCCACGUGGAACGACUCUGAACGAGAAAGUGCCAGCUAAAACUGACGUCACUGCUGUCUAGUGACACGUCAUUAAAACGAGCACGCUGACUUCCUGUUCAGUGCAAAGUCAGUUUCAAAAUAAAAGGAUGGCAAUGUUAGCUUGGAUUGUAACAAAAUGCAGCAUUUAAUUAUAUUUUGCAGAAGACUUUACACAUGUAUAAAAGCUUUAUAAAUGAAA